AUGGCAAGUGAACGUGCUUGUGCUACAGCGGAUCUGCGCAGACACCUCUCCGCAACUCACAAAGAAGAGUUUAUGGCAUUGCCGGGAUCCCCAAACUACAAUUAUGCACUGUACAGAAUUACUACACAAUUACAGUUGUGCAGUGACAAGGUCACAGAAGAGUCUAAACUGGAGAAAACUUUCAAAGUAAAUGAAACAUCUUACUUCGGACAUGGACGCGACUCUGGUAAACAUGGUUCUCGUGGAAAAAAGAAUAAACAUGGAGGUCGAAAGAACAAAAAUACCCGUGGUAAUCCGUAUGAAAAGGAACAUGAUACGGAUGCAAAACAAUCAAAAGGGAAGGAAUUAGUUGUCAAUCCUUCCAAGAAAACUAACAAAGAUCAACAUUGUUUUCGUUGUGGUCGUAACAACCACUGGUAUAGAACUUGUCGAACUCCUGACUAUCUCUGUGAACUUUUCACGAAGAAUGAAAAGAAGAAGGCAACAAAAGCAGAGAUGAAUCUAUCUGAAGCUAGUGUUUCCACCAAAUCUCCAAAGCUAGAUGUUUCUAGCUACUUGGUUGGUUUUGAAGGCACUAAGUAUGAAAGUGAUUUCGAUCAGUUUGCUAAUGGUUUAUUUAGUGUAAAUUAA